GCCGCGGUUGUUAAAAACAAUUUAGAAUUCUAGUAUGAUUUAUUUUUGUAAUAUAUAAAAUUUACAAUUAUGAGAUUCGAAAUUUUAAGCUUCCUAUUUUUUUUUCUCCUAAAAAAUCAUGUUGCAUCAAAACGAUAUACAAAUUACACAUUAUUCAGGAGUGUGCCGUUGAACAGUAUUCAGCUGGAUUUCUUAAGGACAAUGGGUAAAGCUUACAGAGUCAAUUACUGGAGAGAACCAGGUGUGAUUAACAAGACGGUGGAAUUUACAGUAGCACCUGAAGAUAAAGAAGUGUUGUUGAAAGCUGCUGAGCAAAAUAAUGUGGAUGUAACGACCAUUAUGGAAGAUGUGCAACAGGCUUUCGAUAAACAAACCGUAGCUACGUAUAUUAGAAGACGUCUCAGCACAUUUGAUUGGCAAAACUAUUACCGUCUCCGCGAUAUAUAUGUUUGGCUUAAAGAUCUGGCAGCUGCUCACCCUGAGGAAGUCGUUAUCCAGUCAAUAGGGAAAACUUUUGAGGGAAGACACAUUCUCGCUUGCAAGGUUAAUUUAAAAGGAACUCGGAAGAGAUCAACAGUUAUUGUCGAAGGUGGUAUCCACGCAAGAGAAUGGGUUGGUGCAGCAUUUGUAACAUUUUUUAUACAUCAGAUCGUCAACUCUCCUUCGUCAAAGAAUUUGGCUCUGAAAAUGAUAGGUUCGACGUACGAAUUUGUCUUCAUACCUGUGACGAACCCUGAUGGAUAUGAGUACACUCACACAACGGAUCGACUGUGGAGGAAGAAUCGGGUCAAUCGCCAUGGUGUCGACAUCAACCGCAAUUUUGGAAUAGCUUUCGGAACUGUAGGAGUAAGUUUUGAUAAAGACGAUGAGAUUUAUUGUGGACAUAGCGCAUUUUCAGAAAAAGAGAGUCAAGCUAUGGCCAAAAUUAUAAACAGUUAUUCGAGUACUUUAGAAUACUACCUUGCUUUUCAUUCGUAUGGGCAAUAUAUGAUUCUUCCUUACGCCCAUUCGCAAAAACAUCAGGAGAAUUUCGACGAAGUGGCUCGUAUAUGUCAAACAGCCAAUAAUAAAAUAAAACACCGUUACGGCACGAUUUACACUGUUGGUACAGCUUACGAUACUGUAGGUUACUCCACUUCUGGAGUAAGCGGUUGCUGGACAAAAGCUUCAUUCCGAACUCCCUAUGUGAUCACCUUCGAACUUCGGGAUUCAGGUCGUCACGGUUUUGCUCUGCCUCCUAGUCAAAUUAUGCCCACCUGCUUGGAAACUAUGGAUGGAGUGGUUUCGAUUCUGAACCCUAAAGGGAAAAAGUUAUCCAAAAUCCAGAGUUCGUAUGGCGAGAGUGUUGUAACAGGCACUGCCUCUGCUUUUAUCGUAAAUAAUACCUCUAUUAGGAUGUUUAAUGGAAUUGUAAUUAUUACUUUACUUAAAAUGCACUUUUAGAGCGAAAUUUAUAUGAUAAAUAAAAAUGCAAACUUACAUACGAUUUUAAAUCAUCUGAUAGACGUGAUUGAAUAAUCGAAAUAAUACAUAAUACAGCUUUUUUAAUAUUAUGUAGUAACAUAAAAAAUAGGUUUUGUUUUUUUUAGUUUUAUUUAUACUAAUAAACUGUACAAUUUA